UUGACAUGGCAGUAGCAUUUUCUUUUCUAUAAAGUUCCCAACCAUUUGGAAGCAUAAAGAGACUAAAUAAUGGGAUUUGGAACCAAUGCCUAGCCCCAUAUAGAAGCAAAGAAAAUUUUGACUUUGUUCCAAAGUUGGUUCCCCAUAAGAAUCUCCGUCCUUUUAAUAGCUAUAUAUGCUAGCAUUGUAUCCAAAAAUGAAACAAAGGAAAAAUAUACAUUAAGGGUACUUGGCUGGGCCUUUGUACAAAAAACAACUCAUCAUCGCAUUCUUCUUCAAAUUGGAUACACCAAGAGAAAGAAGAAAACAAGUUUAGAAAGAUGGCAACCACUCCCAUUUCAAAGAUACCACAAUAGCAACAACAACUGAUGGCGCCGCAGCAGCAACACAGUGAGGGUCACGAUCAAUUCACCACCUCAGAUGACAAUGUAAUGAUAAAGCAGAUCUUGGCCACCCAUGCUAAUCAUAAUUUCCACAAGGUCGACCUCAGGCCCCAUCUCCAAAUCAUUAAGAAAAUCGUCCAGCACUCCACCACUCUCGAAUGCACCAAUGUUCACGACGAGGAAGUUUCUUCACACAUGGAAAGCUUGGACGAGAAGAUCCGAAAGGUCGACUUCGUAGGUAUGCUUGAAUCACUGGCUUACACUAUACACAAGAUCUCCAAUGAGAUAUCGUGCAAGUGCUUUGGGGGUGGAGAUGCACACUGGACAACAGUGGAAUUGUUGAAGUCCCUAUCAAAAUUCUCUUGGGAUGCCAAGGUGGUGGUGGCCUUGGCCGCCUUUGGAGUCACCUAUGGGGAGUUUUGGUUGGUGGUGGAACUCUAUCAGACACACCCUUUGGCCAAAUCCAUAGCACUACUAAAGCAAUUACCUGACAUAUUUGAGCAAUUGGAGAAAUUGAAGCCUAGGUUUGAAGCUCUUUGGAGCCUUAUCAAAGCCAUGCUCGAUGUGACCAAGUGCAUCGUCCAAUUCCAUGAGCUGCCACCUCAAUACAUCUCCCCUAACCAACCACCAAUGUUGGUGGCCACCGCCCUCAUCCCCACUGCUGUUUACUGGACCAUUAGGAGUGUCGUUGCCUGUGUAUCCGAUGUUAUUGGCCUUAUUGGUUUGGAUCACAAGUAUGUAAUUUACAUAUCUCCCUCUCUACCUUCUCCACUGUUCAUUCACCUUUGUUUAUCUAUUCCCUUCACUGUUGAGGCUGGUGAGCUGUCCAACUUAGAACACAAGGUCAACAAAAUACAUGAACACCUAACCAAGCAACUCGAAAUUUGCAAUCAGCAUGUUGAUGAGAUGAAAGAGCUCGAAGCUUAUAACCCUCUAGUACAACUGUUUGAAACGAGUCAGGUGGACAACAUGAAUAUUCUCAAAGCAUUGAUUCCCGCUAGCAAGGAUGAUUUGCGGCCGCUUGUUUAUGGGCCCACUAGAACAAGGUUUGGCAUUGAAGUGCUCAGAUAUAAAUGGUCGUUGUUGUUGAUAUCGGACUUGUACAUCUCUCGAGAAGAAUUUACGAUUUUUAACCAGAUCAUGUGCGAGAUGAGGUGGUACGUGAAACAAAAAACUGAAAUUUUGGGUCUCCAAAGGAUCAUCGGUCGGUUUGAGUCUGGUUUCCAAGUGGUGUGGAUCCCCGUGGUGGACAAGACUCUCCCAUGGACCGAAACCAUGCAGAGAGACUAUGAUCGAUUGCAGGCCACUAUGCCGGAGUACUCGGUUCACCAACCUUCUUUGAUCAAUCCAGGAGUGAUUAAAUACUUCAAGGAGAUGUGGCACUUCAACAAGAAGCCAAUCUUGGUGGUUUUGAAUGGAUUGGGUAAGGUUGAGAACCCCAACGCCCUCCAUAUGUUGUGGAUCUGGAGAAGCUUUGCCUUCAAUUUCUCCAGCAACCAGGAGAAAGAACUCUGGAGUUCAGAGACCUGGAGACUUGAAUUCUUGGUUGAUGGCAUUGAUGAAGAUAUACUCCGUUGGAAGAAAAAUAAUUAUUUUUUGCAGGUGAAGGAGGAAGAACAAUUCAUUUGCUUAUAUGGAGGAGAAGAUAUAAUUGGAUAAAGAAAUUCACGACGAAGGCAAGAGCAGUGGCACAAGAAGCAGGCAUACUAUUCAAGAUGAUGUACGUAGGGAAGAGAAACCCGAAGGGUCGAGUGAAGAUGAACAUUGACAUCAUCACAACAGAGAACCUUAGCGAUUGUUGGAAAAACCACACACUCAUUUGGUUCUUCUGGAACCUACUAAAGAGCAUGUGGUAUUCCAAGAUGAAGCAUGGCAGCACCAUUGAUAAUGACCACAUAAUGCAGGAAAUCUUGACAAUGCUAAUCUUUGAUGGAAAUGAGCAAGGAUGGGCAUUGAUCGUAAGGGAUCAGAAAUCAUGGCCAAAGCCAAUGGAGAAUUGUUCUUGAAAUGCUUUGAGGAAUACAAUAAGUGGAAGGAAAACGUUGAUGGUAAGGGUUUCAUUCAGGCACUCAAUGAUCACUUGAAAAAGCUACACACAUUGGAUCACUGCAAUCACCUCAUCCUUCCAGGGAUAGACGGAAUGAUCCCCGAGAAGGUGCUCUGUACUAAGUGUGGGCACCCUAUGGAGAAGUCUGUGUCUGUCAUUUACAACUGCUGCAACAAUUAGUUGUGGCUCUCACCUGUUGC